AUGGGAUCAUUUCCUGGCGUUGGUGGCUCAAUGAGUGGAAUUGAUCCGUCCUUACUACAGCAAGCCUGUGCUUCCGGAGAGCAGCAAUACUGCUCAACACAAUCAUCGGCAGGUUGUACUGACAUGCAGUUUAAAUAUACAUGUCCAAAAACAUGUGGACUUUGCAAUGGCUAG